AUGCCCUCGCCAACCAAGUCCGGCGGAAAGUCAGGGGGGAAGUCCAAGUCCGCUGCGGCUGCUGCUAAGGAGGCUGCCGCGCAGGAGGCUGCAGCACCCCCGCAGCGCACUCUGCAGACAAGGAGUCAGAAAGCUGGUUUGCAGUUCCCCGUCGGUCGUAUCCACCGUUAUCUCAAGCAGCGCACACAGCACAACGUCCGGAUUGGUGCCAAGGCUGCCGUGUACACCUCUGCCAUCCUGGAGUACCUCACCGCGGAGGUGCUCGAGCUCGCUGGCAACGCGUCGAAGGAUCUGCGCGUGAAGCGUAUUACGCCGAGACAUUUACAGCUUGCGAUCCGUGGUGACGAGGAGCUCGACACGCUCGUGCGUGCUACGAUUGCUGGAGGAGGUGUUCUGCCCUUCAUUCACAAGAGUCUUACCAUGACGGGGAAGCAGACCAAGCGGCCCGAGGGCAUGCAAUAG